CGGCCCCGGCCGCACCUCGCGCGUUACUGUCGCUUUAAGGGCCGGCGCGUGACGCGACUGUGGCGCCGUCCCGUCGUGCACUGCGGCGGGCGCGCGUAGGGAGCGUGGCUGGUGCCCGCGCGCUCACUGCCGCCGCUCGGUUCGAAGUUGCCGCCGGGCGGGAUGCGGCGCUGAGGCCGCCGCCGCCGCUCCCGAGGAGGCCGCCGCCGCUGCCGCCUUCCAGCCCCGCUCUCCGGCCGUUCCCACUGCUGCCGCAAUGUCUGCGGGCUUUUCCUUCGGCACGGGGACCUUGGGCUCCGCGGCGGCCGCCGCCGCCGGAGCAGGAGGAGGCGGGGGCGGGGGAUUUUCUUUCGGAGCCGCCACGCCGAGCUCAACAGGUGGACUUAAUUUUGGAACUCUGGGCUCUUCUACCGCUACAGCAACUACAUCAGCUCCUUCGGUGGGCUUUGGGAGUGGACUUUUUGGAUCAAAAUCAACAACUGGCUUUACACUAGGAGGUACCAGUACAGCAGGAACAGCAACAACUAUUGCUACAGGACUGACACUAGGCACACCUGCCACCACAUCAGCAGCUACCACAGGCUUUAGUUUGGGUUUCAACAAACCUGCAGGUUCAGCCACACCAUUUGCUUUGCCUGUUACUUCUACCUCAGCCAGCGGCCUGUCGUUAUCAUCUGCUCUUACAUCGACUCCUGCAGCAGGAACUACUGGCUUUACAUUAAAUCUGGGUGGUACAACUGCUGCAACUACAACUGCCUCCACAGGCCUUUCCUUAGGAGGAGCCUUAGCAGGUUUAGGAGGUUCACUAUUCCAGAAUACAAGCACAGCAGCAACAGGACUUGGGCAGAAUGCUUUGAGUUUGACUCUGGGGACAACUGCAACUCCUUCAACUACUGCAAAUGAAGGUCUUGGUGGCAUUGAUUUCAGUAGCUCUUCAGACAAAAAGAGUGACAAAACAGGAACAAGACCAGAAGAUAGCAAAGCACUAAAGGAUGAAAAUCUACCUCCUGUAAUAUGUCAAGAUGUAGAAAAUCUACAGAAAUUUGUCAAAGAACAAAAACAAGUUCAGGAAGAAAUUAGUAGAAUGUCCUCUAAAGCAAUGCUUAAAGUACAAGAAGACAUUAAAGCUUUGAAACAACUUCUGUCUGUAGUUGCCAGUGGGUUACAGAGAAACACUCUUAAUAUUGACAAGCUGAAAGUGGAAACUGCACAGGAGCUAAAGAAUGCAGAAAUAGCAUUACGAACACAGAAAACUCCUCCUGGUCUCCAGCAUGAAAAUACAGCCCCAGCAGACUACUUCAGAAUCUUGGUUGAGCAGUUUGAAGUACAGCUGCAACAAUACAGGCAACAAAUAGAAGAACUGGAAAAUCAUCUUACUACUCAAGCAAAUAAUUCACACAUAACUCCACAAGAUUUGUCAAUGGCUAUGCAGAAAAUCUAUCAAACAUUUGUAGCUUUAGCUGCACAACUUCAAUCAAUACAUGAAAAUGUAAAGAUGCUGAAAGACCAAUACCUUGGCUACAGGAAAACCUUUCUGGGGGAUGCCAUGGAUGUGUUUGAGGCGAGACGAGCAGAAGCGAAGAAGUGGCAGAGCGCGCCACGUGUUACCACUGGACCGACCCCUUUCAGCAACAUACCAAAUGCAGCAGCCGUUGCGAUGGCUGCAACACUUACUCAGCAGCAACAGCCUGCUACAGGGCCACAGCCAUCUCUGGGAGUUAGUUUUGGAACGCCAUUCGGCUCAGGUAUUGGCACUGGCUUGCAAUCAAGUGGCUUAGGUUCUUCAAGCCUUGGAGGAUUUGGAAGUAGCUCUGCCUUUGGGAGCAGUGCCACAGGAGCAUCAUCAUUUGGGUUUGGAACCACAAGUAAACCAUCAGGAAGUCUAAGUGCAGGCUUUGGCAGCUCGACUACAUCUGGCUUUAACUUCAGCAAUCCCGGCAUCACAGCAUCAGCUGGCCUGACGUUCGGGGUGUCUAAUCCUGCAUCUGCAGGCUUUGGGACAGGAGGGCAACUUCUUCAGCUGAAGAAACCUCCAGCUGGAAACAAGCGGGGGAAAAGAUAGGCAACCCUUAGGGAAGGGGAAGUGAAUCGACUUUGUUCAUCUGAAAAGUUUAUUUUUCUAGAUUGAUGCAUUACUUAAAUUGCAUCCCAAGAGAUUUAUAAAAAUUUUGCUACUUUUCCCUAGUCUGAAAUACAGAACGAAACCAUAUUGAACAGCUAUUUUCUUGUGAAUAGAAACCCGUUUAUGUAUUUUUAUUUUUGGCCCUAGUUUUAGAAAUGUUCUAUACUGCAUUAUUAUUAAAGAAUCUUGUAAACCCAUCUAUUUAACCUAAUGUUAGUAGCAGAAUAUUUUUUGUUAAUAAGCUUUAUACCAUAUGAAUAUAUGCAUAUUUGUUUUUUGUACAGAUAAAAUAUAUUCUAGUACAAAUACUAGAGUUCAUAUCUUCUGUUCCUGGAUAUGGCCUUUAAAUCUACUUCAGGGUGUUUUUGUGUAUAUGGAUGUAAAUAUAUACAGUACAGUGCACACAUCUGUGUGUAUGUAUGUGUAUAUAUAUAUAUGUAUAAAAUACAGAUGUGCAAACCUUGCCCCAUAGACAGGUCUCCUUUCCUUUGUGUGUGCUGUUUCUCUGUGUUGCCCUGUGGUCCCUUAUCUUGAUGUUCCUAGGAGUUUCAAAUAGUGGGUCCCAGGCUACGUCAUCAUUGCUUCUUCUGUUUUAUUGUUUAAGACCAGCUGAAAUACGACGUUUACUAUUUCAUAAAGUUUGGUAAAUAGUGGCUAGUAGCUGCUUUUUUUAAAUCUUUUUCUUAACCCAUUUAGCAGCCACCUCUAAAGAAGAGUCUGAGAUUUUGACACAGACAUGUAAUGUUCCCAGACAGUUUGGUUUUGUUUUUCUCCCGAGCUGAAUAGUGGGGCGUUGGUUGAGCUUUUCCCUGCAAUUGGAGGAGAUGGGAUAUGCUGCUCUAAUGAAAACCCAAGGUAGCUGUUACUAAUUGGAGCCGGUUCACUGGCUUCUCAUCGGAGCUACUAGCAUUGACUUAAAAGCAGUUGCGUAUCUGCUUUCAACAUGAGGUAUGGUAUGAUAAGUUGCUGCUAAAGAACGGAGGAGGAAAAUUAUAUCAUUUGAAGGUUAAAGCUAUUGCAACGGUAGUUUUUGAAUCUUGCAUAUUACAUCACAGCUGCUUGUGCUGCAUCUCCAAGUCAGAAUGAGUAGAAAUAGCUGGGAGAACAUUUUAAGGAGGUACUGCCUUAUGCGAGAUAAAGAAUAGAUUGGUUGAAUCUUUGCAAAUAAAGAUACAGGUUGAAAUGUGAACAUGAAACUUUGGAGCCGUGUUGCUUUUGAUGUAGAAGAUGUUUUGUAUAUAACAAGCAUCAAAUGAAUAUUCACAAUCAUUUUCACAAAAGCACCUUUUUUCUAAAACAGUUACAGUGCAUAAGAUUUUUCUAGUACCAGGUUAUUUGCUUUCUAUUGUUAAAGUGUUAUUAUCAUUUUGUAUGUUUUGGAGGCAAUGUCUGCAUUCAGCUGUGAUUUGCUCUUUGACAAAUGUUCAGUUUGUUACUUGAUCUGACAUAAUUAAGGGAAACUGAGCACAGAAUUCUUCACUUUUGUACUUGUAUGUUAUUGCAUCUUUGUGAGCAGUCUCUUAGGAAGGGAUAAAAUGUGGGGUUUUUUUAUGUCCUGGGAAAAUAAAGCUUACAUUUUAUUUUUAUUUCAACCUUUCUUUUAAACUUUCCUUGGGCUGCAGCCAAAACAGUAAUGUUUAUAUUCCUUUAUUACUGCUUUUUUUAAUAGUUAAUAUGUUAAACCACUGGACUCUCUUGUAAUGUAUUAAUUUGUGAAACUAAUUCUAAAUGUGUACUCUUUGUCCAUAUGUGCAACUUAUCAUUGUGCAGACAAUAAAACAAUAAUGCUGUGA